GAAAACAUAAGUGCAAUUAUUCCUGAUGUCUCCAAAGACAGCCCUUAUGAGUCUGAAAAAAAUGGUGUCCAAAAAUUUGCCAGUAACAUUGGUAGCCCACCCGGUACCGGAAGCCCAAGACCUCAGUCAAAAAUGUCCAAGUCAAGCAUCCGUCCAAUUGGUACAAAUCUCUCAGCCAGAGAAGCCUUUGGUUUUGUUGGCAGGGCCUACACUCACUCCAGUCACAAACGACAGCACACCCAUGUUACCACAAACACCAUUUCCGGAUUCCAUGGAAGUUGAACUUCGGAAGAAUAGUAGCAAAAGAAAUUCUGCCGAUUCUGUUGGAUCUGCGAAUGAUAAUGAAACGCUAUUCUUUAGGGAUGGUCGCAGAAGAAUUGACAUGGUUUUGGUUUAUCAAGAAGAAAGUGCGGGUGUCACGACUGAAAUAGAAGCACGUAAAAUAGAGCAGAGACGAUCUUUCGAACAAAAUUUAUUAAAAGAAGGUUUGCAGUGUGAACUUGAACCCAAGGAAACAGCUUUUGAUGGAAAAACGUCAUUUUUAAAGUUGCACAUUCCAUGGAAGGUCAAAACUCAAUAUGCAGAGCUUAUGAACCUCAAAUUGCCUACUAAAAGGUUUAUCACGAUUUCUGUAAAAGCUUGGGGAGACGAGAAGACAAAACGCAGAGCGAAACCUUGGGAAAAAUUGACCAAAUGGCUAGACUUUAUUAGAAAAAUUCACAUGUGGGACACAAGUAAAUAUCCCGAAGAGCCAAGCUUUUAUUCUAGUACUGAUUCUGGAGACGAAGAGAGAUUCGUGGUAAAAGAUAGGGAUAUCGCUUACACACCAGCCCAAAGAUCGUUAAUAGUAAUGCAGAUUUUACAUCGUGCUAAAUAUAAUAAUGUAAAUGAAAAAGCUGGAAUUAGAAGACUUAUAGCAGAUGGAACUUAUCUUGACUGUUUUUCACUUCACGAAGGACCGUACAAUAAACCUUCGGCGAACGGAGAAAUUUUAGAUAGGUAUUUACUCUACCUUAUCUGGGCGAGACCUUCUCAAUGGUACAAAAAGCAACCACUGUGGCUUAUUAGACGAUAUUUCGGAGAAAAGGUAGCACUUUAUUACGCGUGGCUCGGCUUUUAUACAAAAGCUUUAUACCCUCCAGCUGUAGUCGGUCUUUUAUGCUUUUUCUAUGGUAUUGCUAGCAUGAAUAGUGCAGAUAAUGAACCCAGCAAAGAAAUCUGUGAUCCAAAAAAAGCAGGGAAUAUUACAUUGUGUCCUCUUUGUGAUAAGGCCUGCACGUAUCAGAAGUUGGGAGACUCGUGCCUGUUCUCGAGACUGACAUAUUUAUUCGAUAAUCCUGCGACUGUAUUUUUUGCCAUUUUUAUGUCCUUUUGGGCAACCACAUUUUUAGAAAUGUGGAAUCGUCGUCAAGCCGUUUUGGCAUGGGAAUGGGACUUACAAAAUUCUGAUGGAGACGAAGAACCCAGACCCGAAUUUGAAACCUCAGUAAAAACAUGCAGAAUAAAUCCUGUAACUAGAGAAAGAGAACCUUACAUGCCAGCAUUGUCGAGAGCCUGGAGGUACGCCGUCACAACUUCAAUCGUCUUCUUUAUGGUUUGCGUGGUUCUCGCUGCAGUAGUGGGCACAAUCAUCUAUCGAAUUUCCCUCGUGCCAGUAUUUUAUCGAGGAGGUGGUUUUUUCCUAAAGAGACACACGAAGAUUUUUACUGCCACCACAGCUGCUCUUCUUAACUUGAUAGUCAUCAUGAUUCUUACAAGAGUUUAUACAAGAAUGGCGAGAUGGAUGACAAAUUUGGAAAAUCCACGAACUCAGACCGAAUAUGAGGAUAGCUUUACUUUUAAGAUCUUCAUGUUUGAAUUCGUCAACUUUUAUUCUUCUCUCAUUUACAUUGCUUUCUUCAAGGGAAGAUUUUAUGUCCACCCUGGAGACACGGAUGCCAGAGCCUCUGAUUUUUCUAGAAUUAAAAACGACGUCUGUGAUCCAGCUGGUUGUCUAUCGGAACUUUGCAUUCAACUCGCAAUUAUCAUGAUUGGUAAACAGCUUUUCAACAAUUUUCUGGAGAUACUCUCGCCAAAAAUGUGGAAUUGGUGGCGGAAAAGGAACCAUAAGGCGGCCACUAAAGAUCACGACAGACUUGACACCAGUUGGGAACAAGAUUAUCAACUUCAGGAUCCAGGAAGAAUGGGCCUUUUCGAUGAAUAUCUAGAAAUGAUAAUUCAGUAUGGAUUUGUGACUCUCUUCGUGGCUGCUUUUCCUCUAGCUCCUCUAUUUGCUCUUUUAAAUAAUAUUGGAGAAAUCAGAUUGGAUGCUUAUAAAAUGGUGAAAGAAGCACGAAGGCCUUUGGCUGAGAGGGUGGAAGAUAUUGGUGCCUGGUAUGGUAUCCUUAAAGGGGUCACUUACACAGCUGUUGUCUCCAAUGCGUUCGUCAUUGCUUACACCUCAGAUUUUAUACCAAGAAGCGUUUAUGCUUUUGUUUAUUCACCAACAAAUGAUUUAGUGGGUUACAUCGAUAGCUCCUUAUCGGAAUUUAAUACUUCUCAUUAUGCUGAAGGUAUGGGUAGCGACGUGGAUGAUCCUGACCCUCCAACUUGUCAGUACAGAGGUUACAGAACUGGCCCAGAAGACCAUUAUGGACUCAGUCCUCAGUAUUGGCAUGUUUUUGCAGCACGUUUAGCUUUCGUUGUAAUUUUCGAACAUUUGGUUUUUGCUCUAACUGGCAUAAUGAGUUAUAUAAUUCCGGCUGUACCAAAAUCAGUUGCAACUCAACUGCAAAGAGAAAGGCUUUUGGCACAAGAAGCCAAGUUUGAAAAGGGAAUAAGGGGCAAAGAGGACGAAGAUGACCUUGUGUCAGUUCUGAGGGAAGCUGGAAUUAGUAGACCUGGUGGUGGACGAGGAAGCUGGAUAAGACGAUUUAGUAAACUGAGUGAUGGACUUGAUGCUCAUGUAGAUGUAGGCAACAGAAAUCUCAUUAACAGUGAAACCUCCACUGUCUGGGAAGUAACCUAAGUAGAAAAUAAUAAAUAACUCAACAUGAAAAGGGAAAAAAGAGAAGACUAAAUAAUGGGGCGGAGCGAUAAAAAAAUUAUAUUUUUUUCAAAUUCAGAGGGUUUCAAAAGUUGUGCUUUGGUAACCAAAUUUCUUACGAAUAAAAAAAGUAUAUCUCAUUUUUUUAUCUGUAACUUCUUGUAUCGAAUCUGAAUUUAUACAAAUUUGAAAAUCAAUAUAAUAUUUGUUCCCUCCACCUUAUUAAAUAUUGUUAUUAUUAUAUUACAUUACAUGACAGAGAGUUCCAAGGAACUUUUAAAUUUAUGUUUUAUUCAAAGUAUAAAAUACACGGCAAGUGUAUAACUGGCUUACUGGAGUUCCUGUAAGGAAACGAAAUUUCUUUGAUUUGAGAGGACACUCCCUAAAAUGCUUCCACUUUGUGGAAAAUCAACUUUGAUGUCUGAGUUAAAAUUCAAAAUAACGAAAAAUAACAAAAUUUUUGAUAAAACGGUUAGAAAUCAAUUUUUGAAUAAAUGAAAUGGGUUUUGAAAAUUAGAACUAGAAUUAUCCUUUAAAAACUAUGCUACAAGGGAAAAAUUCGUAUACACUAUAAAGUUGCUAUAAAAGUUGAAGAGGAAAAAAUUAUGUGUUCAUUUAAUUGAAUUAUAUUUUUCUUAUUGGCAAUGAUUUUUUUAUUAAUGAAAAGGGUUUCUAAAAUUAUUACUUACACCUAUGAUUACUUUUCGAAAGCGACACAGCUAGAAUAAAAAUUCGUAUACAUCGUAAUUUUUCAUUAUAUUUGAAUAAAUUAAUCAAAAUCAUGAUUUUUUACCACAUAUUUCAACCGUAUUCUUGUAUAUUUCGGGGAAUUAUUUCUCAAGGGAUCUUACUAAAAAAUUAGGCGUCAGGUCACAGUCUUUUAUGAUACGGGAUAAAUUCGACUAGGAUAGGAGGUGAAGUUGAAAAUUUAUUUUAUGUUCAUGAAAAGUGAUAUUGUUUUUAAAUUUCUGUGUGUGUUUUUUCAACUUUACUAUACUUUGUAUUUUUCAUCAUUUCCAACGACUUUUUACAAUUUUUAGACACAAAUAAAUUUUUGUGGUCCAUCAAGCGUAAAAAUAAUUAUUUAAGUUUUGGGGUGGAAGCUUUUAGGAGGAUUUUAUCUUUUUUUAAUCUAUUUAAAAUUGGAUUCUCGACUUGUAGUUUGAGAUAGUAGAUUAAUAUUGACAAAGUUCCAUAGCGUAUUGGCAUUUUUGUACAUCCGUCAAUUAAGUAAAAGUAAUUUUUUGUAAAUAUUGUAUAAUAUAGGAUCUAAGUACAGUGUUUCCAAUAUUUUUAAGCGAAAGCGACUUUCGAAACUUCGAAUGACCAAGUAAGUUAGUAAUUGGGCCAAGUAACAUUAAAAAAAGCUUCUAGCAUAUGAAAAACAAAUAAAAGAACUUACUUCCUUGAAGAGGGGUGACGUUUUUUACGUGGUUACAGUAUUAAGACUUUCUAAACAGUAUUAGAACGGAGUGAUUGUAAUUUAUAUAAAUUGAAAAGUUUUUGAUAAUUCUAUGACUCGUUACUUAUGAAUAGAAAUAUGAGUAUUAAACUGUAUUAUGUCCCAAGUUUCUGUCAGCAUUGUCGUCUUAAAUUCAAUUAUCAAAAAUUCAGAAUCGGAUUAUUAUAUAUUUUUUUAGGUAAUUUGUAUCAUACGUACAUAUAUGUAUAUACAAGAAAAAAUAGUCUUAAACUGCAAGCAUUGUGAUUUUUUAGAAAUAUUUUGGUAUAUGUAUACUGUUUACGACAUUCACUUCUAAACUAUUUAUUAUGUUAUGUUAGUUUCUGAGAAUUUAAAACUUACUUUAAAAUUGAAUAGGUAUGUACACGCACAUAAUAGUGUUUUAGCCAGUUUUCUUCAGCAACAUUGUAAGAUAUUCUCUGUAUAGAUGUUUCUUGUUAAAAUCGAAACUGUAAAGAUUCCACUGUUACAUAAAUAUAAUUAUUGUAAUAUAAA